UUGGCUUUCCCCUCUCGCCUGAGGAAGCUGUCGAGCUGGGACUGUCGACUCUAAACGGCCGAACCGCGCAAGUCUCUUCCUUUUCGUUGGCGGUCGCGUUGGAAGGAGUCGGAAAGUCAAGAAUCUCUCUUCAUUUGUUUCUUUUUCAGCCGUUCCUGGUCGAGCUUUGUGGCUGCGCUCGUCCUUUGCUCCCUGCGUCUCGCUGACGACACAACCGGAUCCCUUCCACUUUUCUGCCCUUGUCGCUUUUUCUGUCACCAUGCUACAGGCUGAGAUGAAAGAUCGCUUAGAGUUUCGGCUGCAUCCGAGAGCGACCUCUUCGUGUCGUCUCUAGUUCUCUUUGUUGAUAGGAAGCGCGUUGAAUCUUCUCCUCUUUGUUGAUAGGAGGCGCGUUGAAUCUUCUCCUCUUUGGGGAAAGGAAGCGCGUUGAAUCUUCUCCUCUUUGGGGAUGCGCGGGUGGAAUCUGUAGGCUUCGUCGCCGUCCUCGACCCGCGUAUCCUUUUCGUUUUCUUCGCAUCUUCUGUAUGCUUCGUUUUCUUCGUAUUCUUCCUGUCCGCCGUAUCCUUCUGCUCCCUUUCUCCUCUCUCUUUCCUUUCACGCACAGCAGGGGACGCGUCGCUUCGCUCCGUCUGCCUCUUUUGCGCCAGCUUCCUGGCCCCGCUGUCACUCGCGCUCGGCGGUCCUUACCGUAUUUCUCCACCUUCUUCUUCCCUUCCGCUUCGUUUAUUCAAGAUGUAUGACGCGAACGCGACGAUCUGCUCCUCCGUCCACAGCGCCUCGCUGACGCUGUUUUCGCAGGACGAAGUACGUGCUCUCUCCUCCUGCAAGAUCUCAGACACAAAUGUUUUUCUCGAUCCGCAUGCGUCCAGUUCUUCCCUCUCUGCUACAUUCACUGCGGCGAGGGGAGGCGGUCCGGUCGCCGUCUCCGGUGGACUCCACGACUCUCGCUUAGGCAGCCUAGAUGGCAGAGAAAUCUGCGAGACCUGCGGGUGUCGCAGUGACUGUCCAGGUCACUUGGGUCACAUCGACCUCGCUCUCCCCGUCUUCCAACCUAUCUUUCUUCCUUCCCUCGUCAAAGUUCUUAAACUGUCCUGCCUGCACUGCGAGCGUCUGCGCGUCUCGACUCCUGCCGCGUCGCUGUUUGUGAAAGCCUUCGAGCUCCUGCAGCUCGGCUGCUUCGACGAGGUCGAAGAAGCUUCUCGCUGCGCGUCUUCAGCGCUGCGUGCUCCGACGCGCGGCGGCUCUGCAGGUUUGGCGCUGCCACAGAGUCAGCGCGUCGCCGUCUUGCGAAUCUUCCGGAAAAUCGAAGAAGAACUUCAGAGGCGCGCCGGCGCCGACGCGCCUCUCGCCGCCUCGCGCGAGGCGCCUGCCUCUCCCGCGAAAGGCGCGCAGGCGUCGGUCGAGUUUGAGGACCUCGAGGAGAGGGCCAGUCCAGGCGAAACGCGUAGGAAGACGCGGGAGACGCAAGCCGCUGUGACAGAGAAAGACGAGGCCAAGGAGCAGCAACGGGUGGCGCGCCUCCUCAGCGAAUCCACAGACUUCGAGAAGGAAAAGACUCGCCUUCUCCUUCACUCGUUCGGAAGUGAUAUUUCAGCAACUGCAUGGCAAGUCGCCACUUGGAGAAAACUCAGAGACCUCCUCUGGACGCGCGCAGCAGCCAGCUGCGUCUGUGCCAACUGUGGCCGAUCCAGUGCAGUGACAUUCCACGUAGCGCAGCAGGCGACCGGUGUCGAGAUGCGGUGGAAGUGGACGGGCCAGCCUCCGUUCGACAAGAACAGUGCACUGUUUUCCUUCCUGCGAAACGCGACACCGCGACGCGAGGAAGAAGGCGAAGGACGGAAGAAGUCCGACGCGAAAGACGACGCGGCUGCGCUGUUUGACGAACGCUGUCUCACCUAUGGGAAGAGCGGUCGGGCAAUUGGUAAACUCCAUCUGCAUGCGUUUCAGUUGAUGCCGAUGCUUCAAAAUGUUUUCAAGAACUCUGUCGACCGACGCCUCCUUCACUGUCUGUUUCCCAUGAGCAUUCAGUUGAGUUCGUCUUGCUUCUUCAUUUCUUCCCUGCCGGUGUCCGCGAAUAAAUUCCGGCCCCCUCUCGCCGGGGGUGCGGCCUUCGGGCGCGAAGGCGGCGGGGGCAUGCCUCUCCUUCAUCCACGCACGGCGACGCUUCUCGAGCUGCUGAAAGUGAACGAAAAGGUGCAGUUCGCCUUGGCCAUCAUGCGCCAUCCGGAUCCCACUGGAGCUCUUGAGAAUCCCGAGUCGUUGGCGGAGCUGUUCGGAUGCGCUGUGGGCGGGAAGGCGGAGACUGAGCCUGAGCAGGAGCCAGCGAGGAAGAAGAAGCUCGCCGCCGAACCAGGAAGCGACGACGCUCCAGCCGCGAAGGUGUCGGCGGCCAAGAGCGCCGUGGCGUCCAUUCUGAGUCCCGAGGAACAAGAGAAGCUGAAGGAGUUCGUCCUCGUCCACGCUGCGGGGAAUGCCGCCUGGCUCACGAGUUACGCCGUUCAACUGCAGCAGAAAGUCAACGAAAUCGUCGACAAAACAAAGGCUGAGAAACCGCUCACUGCGCCGGCUGGCAUUCGCCAGUGGAUGGAGCGAAAGGCAGGAACCAUCCGCCAGAAGCUGAUGGGCAAGCGUGUGAACUACGCUGCGCGCACUGUGUUGGCGCCUGACGCGUUGAUUGCCACAAACGAAGUUGGUGUACCCCUCGACUUCGCUAUGAAACUCAGCAUCCCGGAAAAGGUCACGCCUCGUAACGUUCACGUUCUCUCCGAGAUGGUCAUAAACGGACCCCACAAGCAUCCUGGCGCCUUGGCGAUCAUGGACGACGCUGGGAAUCUCUUCAAUCUCGAGUUUCUGUCGCCUGCGACUCGCCGGGCAAAGGCUCACCAGCUGCUGCUUUCGGCUUCGGCGUCCGCGUCGGCUUUGUCGGGAUCGUCGGCAGACAUGCCAACGACGAACGGAAGCUUCACAGUUUAUAGACAUGUUCUGGACGGGGACGCUGUGUUGAUGAAUCGCCAGCCUUCUUUGCACCGCGUAUCGCUGAUGGGGCAUUUUGUGAAAAUCACACGAGGCGUCAGCUCCGUCUACCACAUCAAUGACUACCUGGUUCGCAACAAUCUCCUCCACCUGCUUGUCGAGCGAAGAGCGGCCCGGACCAGCCGCAAGACGGUGAAGAGCGACAGUGGAUCUGAGGCGGACGAGGCCAGUGCUCAGAGGCGGAAGCCGGGGAAGAAGAAGAGUCUCGUUCACUUUUCCGGCUUGUUCAAGAAGAAAGCGAAGGUUGCGAAACUCGCUGAGGAAGAGCACCGGACGACCCACCACGACGAAGAACCUGGCUUGACAAAAGAGAACGUCUUUCGACUCAACUUCGUGAACUGCAGCAGCUACAACGCCGAUUUCGACGGCGAUGAAAUGAACAUGCAUCUGCCUCAAGAUCACCUCGCUCGCGCAGAAGCGGCUUAUAUUCUGAAUGCCGACUGCCACUUUCUGGUGCCGAAGAGCGGCGAGCCUCUGCGAGGUCUUAUUCAGGAUCUCUGUCUCGCUGGUUGUCUCUUGACGGCGCGAGACACCUUCCUCGACAUUCACAGUUUCCAGACGCUAGUCUACUCAGGCCUCUCGUGCUACCUCGACUCAGGCCCAGGUCGAGUUAUCCUCGACCGUGGCCGCAAGGCGAGCAGCCGAUUGCAUGCGUCGGAGGUCUCGUUGCCGAAGUCUGGAAAGACAGACGGCAACGCUGAGGACGAGGCAGGAGGCGAGGAGGGUCGCGAGCGCUUCAAGGCCCCAGGGGAUCCCUACAGGAGACAACUGAUUGAACAGACCUGCCGCAGUAACUGUCGCCUCCACGUGGAGCCUCCUGCGAUUCUCUGGCCGAAACCAAUGUGGACGGGGAAGCAGGUGAUCACAUGCAUUCUCAAGACUCUCGUCGACGGCAUGGCGGCAAGCCGCUUCUCUCAGUGCAGGAGGUCGAGGCAAGGAGCGCAAGGCCUCGGCUCAAAGCCCACAGACGAAGACGCGCUGAAUCGCUACGAAGGUGUCAACCUCACUGGAAAAGCCAAGACCCCUGGGGACGCGUGGGGUGGCGCUGAAGACGGAGACAAGGAAGAAGAAGUCGUCAUCAUUCGAAACUCGGAGCUUCUGCAAGGCGUCUUCGACAAGGCCCAGUUUGGGCCGACUGCUGGUGGUCUCGUUCACUGUGUUUUCCUUCUUUUCGGCGGAGCGGCUGCCGGCCUUCUUCUCCAGUCCCUGGCGGCUUUGUUUUGUGCUUUCCUCAAACUAAGAAGUGCGACAACCUCCCCUGCAGAUUUCGUCAUGCGACGCGAAGGCGAGCUCCAAAGACAAGCGCUGGUGCGACAAGUCAUCCAGGCAGGUACAUAUCUCCAGGAACAUUUCACGGCUCGAAUGAAUGCUCUAAUGGGCUGGGGAGACGACGGAGCUGACAAUCCGCUGCUGCCGACUCUGUCGGAGUCGGGAAGUCAUGCUGAGGCCGGAGGCGAAACGGGCAGUGGCGUUGCGCAGGACGAGCAGGCGAAAGUCGCCUCGAAAGAUGCCGCUCUUCUGCACAUGGCGGCGGCUUCGGUUGCGCCUAAAGACGCGACCCGCGAAAGCGAAAUGAACGGAGACGCUGUGGGUCAGGACGAGCUUUCUGCGGCCCUUGAGGGCGCUCUGAAACUCGAGAAGUUGAACCUAGCGCGGCUCUCGGACGCCGCAGCGUAUGCGCUUCGCGUCCUGGGCACAAGCACAACGUCUGGAGAUAGGACGGAGCCUCAGUCGCCUUCCGCCUUUUCGGCCGACACCGACGAAGCGGCCAAGGGCCGAAAGGGCCGCGUCAAACACGAAGAGGACGCUUUGGAAGACUCGGAGCGUUCGACCACACUCCAGAGGAAAGACGCUCGCAGUUCCGAGUCGGCGUAUCCGUUGUCGCUAAAUCCCUGGGUCCUGUCGAGGCUCCUCAAAACGCCUGAACUGUUGGCGGCUUCCGGUGCGCUGCCGACGCGAAAACGCAUGUGUGAAGACCUCAGACGCCUGAUCGAGACUUUGUCCCAGGUGCAGAAAACCGGGAGUCCGACGGCGAGGAAGGAACUUCUCUAUUUUCUUGCGUGCUCACCCUCACUCCAGCAACAGCUGCCGCAUCUCGCCAAGGUCUUGGGGACAGAGAGACUGUUGCCGGCGCACCAGCGACUGAGGACAACCCUGGCCAAGGAAUCACAAACCGAAACUCUCGACGGAUCUUUCCACUGUCCUCCACCCAACGAAAUGGUAUCUCUCCCGAACGGCAGUGCGAUCCAGGGAGACGCGGCCCUUCUUCAGAAGCGAAUGUAUCAUCCUUCUUGGUUGUGGGGAGGCGAAGAAGCAGGGAACCCAUCGGCAGAAGGCGACAGUUCAGACGCAGCUUACGCGAUGGCUGCCAACAUCUUCGAAGGGACGGAGCGCUAUGUGCUGAAGGGGGCGAGAAACGCGGGUGUCGGUGGGGGCGAAGGCGGGAUGCAGCUGCGGACCUUCCUGAUGCCUUCUCUCCUCACUGCGCGACGCAUUGGCGCCUUAUAUACGGGCCACUUUCGGGGUCGCGAAGACACAUUUAACGAGAUGCUUGAUGCCUUCUUCCAGUCGGCGAUGGGCAAGGUUGCCUCGAAAUCCACUGACAUCAUGAAAGGGAGUUACUUCCUUUACCGCUUCCCUCGAAACGGUUUCGCAUCAAUGAUCAAGAGCGGUUCCAAGGGAAGCAACGUCAACUUCGCGAUGAUUUCUGUCUUCCUAGGUCAGCAGUCUCUCGAGGGUCAAAGAGUGAAAUUCAUGACGAGCGACCGGUCCUUGCCCGCCUUCCUGCCUUUUGACUUUGGAAGCCGGGCACGAGGCUUCAUCACCUCGUCUUUCUUGUCAGGUCUCAAAGAAGAGGAGUAUUUCUUCCAUUGCAUGGCUGGUCGCGAAGGUCUUGUUGACACAGCCGUCAAGACCGCCAAAAGUGGCUAUCUCCAGCGAAGUGUGACGAAAGGUCUGGAAGCUCUCACGGUGCGCUACGACGGCAGUGUGAGAGACGCAGAUGACUCAAUCGUCCAAUUUGUCUAUGGCGACGACGGUCGAGAUCCGGCCCAUCGACUCACCUUUGAAAAGAUCGACAUGCUCCUGGAGAACCCCGCAAUCCUUCAGCGCGUGCAUGCACCGCCUGCGGAGCUGAGCAAUGGAAAGCAGUCGGCAAACACCAAGCCAGGCGCUAGCGAAGAUUUGGUUGCGGAUGCGACGGACGACGCGGAAUGUCUGAUCCAAGGGUGCGGGUCUCCCCUAACUUGCCUCGGAGUCACAGCUUUCCAGUUCGAGAACGACAUGCAGCUGGUGGUCGACAAGGCGGUGGCGAGCUACGAGAGCUUGCGUGCAGCCUACUCCCGAACGCGAGAGACAAGACACAAGAAGAAGAGGAGAAAGGAGAGCGGCAGCGAAGUCUCUGGGGCGUCGGCAGCCAGAGACGCGAGGACGACUGGACUCGAGAAAGAGGAACUGGAAAAGAUUCUUCGGGUGAUUUACCACAAGUGCUGCAUGCCGCCAGGCGAGGCUGUCGGCUGUGUCGCGGCGCAGUCCAUUGGUGAACCAGCGACACAAAUGACUCUCAACACUUUCCACUUGGCUGGACACGGAGCGGCGAACGUGACGAUGGGUAUUCCUCGUCUGCGUGAAUUGCUCCAGCAAGGGGCAGUGACGAAGACUCCAAUUCUCUACAUUCCUCUCCGGACGGCCGCAAAUCGGCUACAAGACAGUCCCAAUGCAGACCUGGAAGCGAGAGAGGAGCUCGACGAGGGUCGUGUUCUUGUCAGAAAUGCCGGCAUGGCACUUCGAAGCUUCACGUCCUUCGGCCUUGCCGACUGCGUCCACAGCGUUGGCGUCGAAGCCAACGUCUGCUACCAACCGCCGAACUGCCCCAAAGGAUGCCCCGCCUUCCACCUCCCACCCUACGUGAGCAGAAACAACUCUGCUCAGUCGAUCGCGCCUUCCUCGCGGAUGUACUGGCAAUACGAAGUUUGUCUUCAGCUGGAAAAUCUUGCCCAUUUCUCCCAAGUGGUCAAAAGUUUCACCCCCGCGCAAAUCUGCACGCUUGUCCUUCGGAAGGUUAUUCGACCAUUCCUUAAAAAGGCUUACCGACUCAUGGUUGCGGCGGUCGCUCAUCACGGCCGGACAGACUUUGCAGAAAUGCGAAGCGACUUGCAGGCCUUCUUCCAGAACGCGAUUUGCCAAGACAACAAGCUGACACAGUGGGACCAUCGUUCAAAAGUGAAGGAGAUUCUUCGGACUGCUCGUGUUGGCGAUAGCACAACAGGUGAAGCAACUGACGAGCUCCUCUCCUCAGGCGCAACGGUCAGGGCAGGCAACGAAGAUGAUCGAGAAAACGGCGGAGGCAACAAGCGAGCUGAAGCGGAUGCUGAUGAAAAGGAGGCGGACGGAAGCGACCCAGCAAGCAGUGCUGAUGAGGAGGAAAAGGAAGAGAAAGGCGACGACCAAGACGAAGGUGACGACGACGAGCAACAGAGUGAAGGUGGAAGAGCCAGCGAAAGCGAGCAGAGUGAUGGCGAGCAGGAGAGCAGCAAACGCCAACGCAGCAAGAGUGGCCAACGUGCAGACUCAGCACGAGGAGACGCUACCCACAUUAAAGUUGAGCAAACGUCUGAAGAUGAGAGCUCAGCUUCUUGUGAAGACGAAGAGGCAACGAGUUCCGAUGAGGACGAUGAUGACCCGGAGGACGACGGCCACACUGGCAAAGCCGAAGAAAGCACCGUCAGUUCUGAGAAACCUGCAAAAGGAGAGGUGAAGCGGGACAGACGAACACUUGACGCCGCGUUUGAAUCCAUGUUUUCUCCGCUGCUUCUCUCGUUUGCUCGUCUCGUCAAAGGCGAAACCUUCGACAUGAACACACACCUCUUUUUCCCUCAAGACAAGAAGCAAUGCUCCCGUGCAAGCAAGACGCCCCUUGCCGUUCCGGCCCCAGUCGAAUCGGAUGGACUAUGGGCCGACGGUCGCAAAUAUAAGGGAUUUGUGCUCAUCACGCGAGAAGUUGCCUCCAUUCUCCACGAAGUUUUCGUCUGUCCUAGGACCUGGCGGAUCAUCCUCAAGUUUGGCUGGCCCUUCGAGCGUUGUCCCUAUCGCUUGGAACUUCUUCCUCUUCUUAUGGGUCUUCUGAAGAAGUCCAAAAUGCAAGAGCCUGAAGGUGUGGCCGCGCCUCGCAUUGUUCAGGGCGAAGGAUGCGUGACGAAGCAAAAGGUUGAGAUUCAGUGCGAGGGAUCCAAUUUCGGAUGGAUCCACCGCAUGAAGGACGAGGCGAUCGACCACAAUGGUAUCUUGACGAAUGACGUGCGGGCUGUCUUGAAGUACUACGGCAUUGAAGCAGCUAGAGUCUGUCUCGCAAGAGAGCUGGAGCGAGUUUUCUCGGCGUACGGUAUCAAAGUUGACUAUCGGCAUCUGGCGUUGAUAGCAGACUUUAUGACGCACGGUGGCACGCUAAGGCCAUUCAACAGGCUUGGCAUGGCCGCGUCGAACGCCCCAUUCCUGCAGAUGUCAUACGAGACUUCGUUCAAAUUCCUGACGGAAGCCUGUGAACGAGCCGCAGUUGAUUCUCUUUCUACGCCAUCUGGCAGUCUGGUGGUCGGCGCGCCGUCAGUGAUCGGAUCUCAGCAGCAUCAGGUAUUCACUCAGUUGCAUCCCGCGUUGCACCGGCAACGAGAUUUGUUUCAGCUCUCGCGGAAGAGCUGCGUAGCAUCACAGCAUGGUGGCACUGGGGACACGAAGGGUGAGCCUGAAGCACUCGUCUCCCAGAUCAAGAAGAAACUAGGGGCGUCGGAACACCAGGCUGACAACGCUACUGACAGAAAGGAGACUGACAGGGCGGAGACCGCAGGGGAACAAGAAGUCACGGGAGUGAAGAAGGAAAAAUGCUCGAAACGGCACAAGGAGCGACGCGAUUCAGCGAUGUCGAACGAAGCGUUCCAGCCUGGAGAAAAUGGAGAAGAUGAUGAUGCGAAACAGAAGAAAAAGCGAAAGCGAAAAUCAUUUGACUUCAUCUAAACGACGGAGCAUGUUGAACGUAAUUUAUCCCCUCCGUGGAAAUGCCGUGUCUGUUGAGCCUGCAUCGCUUCACGACAAGUAAAGUGGUCUUGGGAUAUAUAUAUAUAUAUUUAUAUAUUUUUAUUCGUAUAAGUGUGGUCGACUACCAAAGUACGAAAAGUGACAGUGUUUCUGUUGUUUCUCUUGUCUGAACCCCGUUUCUCAACGGCAUGGUUUUUUGCCCUAAUCGUUGCCGCCGGUCCAAUGCAGUCAGAAUACGCGUCGUCACUGGACCUUCAUUGUAAUCGGU